GAGGAGGAAGUCCGCAAGGAACUCCAACUCUUAAAGCGUUACAAAUCACCUGGCCCAGAUGACUUACCUCCGGCUCUUUUUAAAGAUGGUGGUGACUUUUGACUAAGGAAUUGACGACGUUGUUUACAAAGGUUUGGGAACUAGAGUGUGUACCAACGUCAUGGAAUGAGUCGAUAGUUGUCCCUAUCUUUAAAAGGGUUCACGUCGUUCUUGUAACAACUAUCGGGGAUAAGUCUACUUCCGAUUGCGUCUAAGCUAUUGGCUUCCAUCAUUCUUCGUAGGUUGUUCAAAACCCGAGAAAGAUUGACUCGCGAGGAGCAGGCUGGGUUUCGUUCUGGUCGAGGAUGUAUCGAUCAUAUCUUCACCCUCCGCCAAAUGUUAGAACACCGCCAUACUUUUCAAAGGCCAACAAUCGUAGUGUUUCUUGACAUCAGGGCUGCCUUCGAUUCGUUGGAUAGGACUGUUCUCUGGGAUUGUCUAUUGAAGAAGGGUGUGCCUGAGAAGUUUAUUAACAUCCUGAAAGCCCUGUAUAAAAACACCUCAGGCAGAGUGAGGGCAUACAACCACCUCUCUCCAUUGUUCCAUUCGAGCAGUGGGGUUAGGCAGGGUUGCCCAAUCUCACCAUUCCUCUUCAACUUUGCCAUCGAUGACAUUCUGGAAACAGCUCUGAUGAAUGUAAGUAAUGGUGGUGUGGAUCUGUUGCCUGGAGAAAGACUUCUCGACCUUGAGUAUGCGGACGAUAUUGUCUUACUGUGCGAUAAUGCCCAAGGCAUGCAAUCCGCACUUAAUCAGUUGGCAAUCAGUGUCCGUAGGUAUGGUAUGUGCUUUGCACCUUCGAAGUGCAAAGUACUUCUACAAGACUGGCAGGAUUCUAAUCCUGUACUCACCCUGGACGGUGAGCAGAUAGACGUAGUUGAGAAGUUCGUGUAUCUGGGUAGCUGCAUAAGUGCUGGUGGGGGUGUGAGUGAUGAGAUCAAUGCACGAAUAGUGAAAGCCAGAGCGGCUUAUGCCAAUCUGGGCCACCUUUGGCGCCUUCGUGAUGUUAGUCUGGCUGUAAAGGUCGGAUCUACAACGCGUCGGUGAGAGCAGUUUUGCUCUAUGCUUGUGAAACCUGGCCUCUCCGAGUUGAGGACGUUAGACGAAUCUCUGUGUUCGAUCAUCGUUGUCUCCGAAGGAUUGCUGACAUUCAGUGGCAACACCAUGUCAGUAAUGCAGAGGUUCGGCAUCGUGUGUUCGGGCACAGAGAUGAUAACUCAAUUGGUGUCACCAUCUUGAAACACCGACUUCGGUGGCUUGGACAUGUUCUCCGAAUGUCGUCCCAGAGAAUUCCACGUCGUGCAUUAUUUGCCGACUCUGGGACUGGUUGGAAGAGGCGGAGAGGUGGUCAGUGCAUGACAUGGUGUCGUGGUAUGAAAGAAAGCUGCAAAGGACUGGCUUGUGUUGGUCCUUCACGACUCCCUGGUUGGGGUCCGAGAGAUGGUGCUACACAGUGGCUAGAGACGUUAUCAGAUAUGGCUCAGAAUAGAAGCCAGUGGCGAUCCUGCUGUAACCUUCUUUUACUUUCUUCAUAAAAAAGUGGUUGUGUCUCCUUUACCUGAAAGAUUUCUUCUGAUUGUACCUUUUCGUUCCGUCGUUACUACCACACUACCUUACUCCAAUCUCUUCGUCAUUGUUCUCCUUUUCUUUUGCGUUCCUUAGUUUUUUUUUUCUUUCUAUUUCUCUUCGAAUUUUCAUUGUUUUGUGUGGCGCAUAUAUAUUGGCGCUCUCUUGUACCAAUAUUUAUGUGUUCAAAUAAUAAUAAUAAUAAUA